AACACCCACCUCGGGCUGACUGAGGGGACCCAGGUCCGGUUCAGUCACUGCGUUCCCUAGGCUUCCCGGGUCUCACAGCGGCGGGGGCGUGGCCACAGCCUGAGAGGCGGGUUUCCUGUCCAGUCGUAAAUAACUUCUGACGUGUGCCGGAAGUUUCCUCAGUGACAAUCAGGAAGUCGGCGUGCCGAGAGGCUCGUCCAGGCCGCUGAGGCGGGUUAAGGUCUGAGGGUCGUGUGGAGCCAGGGCGCUGGUCACCAGGUGUUUGGCGUGGUCGGCUCUUAGUUCUCACCUGGCAAUGGCGACGUACACCUGCAUAACUUGCCGGGUGGCGUUCCGCGACGCGGACAUGCAGCGGGCCCACUAUAAGACGGACUGGCACCGCUACAACCUGCGGCGUAAGGUGGCCAGCAUGGCCCCAGUGACCGCCGAGGGCUUCCAGGAGCGAGUGCGGGCGCAGCGGGCCGUAGCGGAGGAGGAGAGCAAGGGCUCGGCCACCUACUGUACUGUUUGCAGUAAGAAGUUUGCAUCUUUCAACGCCUACGACAACCACCUCAAGUCCCGGCGGCACGUUGAGCUGGAGAAGAAGGCCGUGCAGGCCGUGAAUCGGAAAGUGGAGAUGAUGAAUGAAAAGAACAUGGAGAAAGGACUGGGCUUGGACAGUGUGAACAAGGAUGCCAUGAACGCCGCCAUCCAGCAGGCCAUCAAGGCCCAGCCGUCCUUGUCUCCCAAGAAGGCGCCCCCAGCGCCUGCAGAGGAGGCCAGGAGUGCCGUAGCCGUGGGGACUGGUGGCCGUGGGACCCACGACCGAGACCCGAGCGAGAAACCACCCCGGCUCCAGUGGUUUGAACAGCAGGCGAAGAAGUUGGCAAAGCAGCAGGAGGAGGGCAGUGAGGAGGAAGAGGACCUGGAUGGAGACGAUUGGGAAGAUAUUGAUUCUGACGAAGAAUUGGAAUGUGAGGAUACUGAAGCAAUGGAGGAUGGGGUGGAGCAGGAUGCAGAGGAGGAAGUGGCUGAGGAAGGCCCACCCCUUGGUGCCAUCCCUAUUAGGGACUGCUUAUUUUGUUCCCAUCAUUCCAGCUCGCUCAUGAAGAAUGUGGCUCAUAUGACCAAAGUCCACAGUUUCUUUAUUCCUGAUAUAGAAUAUCUUUCAGAUAUUAAGGGACUGAUUAAAUACUUGGGAGAGAAAGUUGGUGUUGGAAAGAUUUGCUUGUGGUGCAAUGAGAAAGGGAAGUCCUUCUACUCCACAGAAGCUGUACAGGCGCAUAUGAAUGACAAAAGCCACUGUAAGCUCUUCACAGAUGGCGAUGCUGCUUUGGAAUUUGCAGACUUCUAUGAUUUUAGGAGUAGCUACCCAGAUCACAAGGAAGGGAAGGACCCCAGUGAGGCUGAAGAGUUGCCCUCAGAAAAGAACUUGGAAUAUGAUGAUGAAACCAUGGAAUUGAUUCUGCCUUCUGGUGCCAGAGUGGGUCAUCGCUCCUUGAUGAGAUACUACAAACAGCGAUUUGGCUUGUCCAGAGCUGUGGCAGUUGCCAAAAAUCGGAAGGCCGUGGGCCGAGUACUUCAGCAGUACAGAGCCCUGGGAUGGACUGGCAGCACAGGAGCGGCUCUUAUGCGAGAGCGAGACAUGCAGUAUGUCCAAAGGAUGAAAUCAAAAUGGAUGCUGAAGACAGGAAUGAAGAACAAUGCCACCAAGCAGAUGCACUUUCGGGUCCAAGUGAGGUUCUGAGAGUCUGCUGGGAUUGAGCGAUCAUCUCCUGCCCAAGUUUCCUCCUUGCCCUGAGGACCAGUGAAAGCCAGAUCAUAGGAGAGACCCUUUUGCUGCUACUUCAUUGGUUCUGACCUAAUAAUAAAAGUUAGAAUCAUA